AUGCCUGGGAGUUGGAAGUAUUCCACAGAACUCAUCUUCGAAUUGGGCAUGUGCCCGGCUCCGAACAAUUAUAGCCUACCGAAUGAUGUGAAAUGUACAGUACCCGCUUUCGAGACUGAACCCACGAUCGCCCCUAUAAAGCCAGCCGAUACGGGUGUAAAAUGGCUUUACCUUUGCCUGAUUAUUGUUGUAUUGGUCAUUUCCGCACUGGCCGUUUUUUGCACAAUCCGACGAUUGUUUUAUAAAGAACGCCCUAUUUUUGGCUGUUUUGGAGGUGGAAAUUCAAAGAAGGCUUCCAUCUAUCAGGGGUCGAUUUAUUACGGCAAGAAGGUGUCAAGCGAGCAAAGAGGCGGCGUGAAAGAGGUCGACGAGUGGGAGGUGGAGCGCUGGGCUCUAAAAAUCGGGGAGGAAAAGCUUGGGUCCGGGGCAUAUGCCGUUGUCUAUCAAGGGAAGAUUCAUGGGCCACCACCAGCUGUGGCAGCUACAAAUUCGGCGUCACUUCUCAAACAGUACGCUCAAGAAUGGAACCCAGUCGCCGUGAAAAUGCCUCCGCUGCAAGCAAAUUUUGAAGAAAGACAAGAAUUUCUACGCGAAAUCGCCUUCAUGAAAAAGCUCGGUUUCCACCCACACCUAUUGACACUGCUCGGUUGCUCGACCGACCCCAGCUUUCCUUUGAUCAUCAUGGAACUUUGCGACCAUGGGGAUUUGUUAGCCGAACUGCGACGGCUCAAGAAUUCGGAGGCCGAACUGCUUGAACUCGGUGAUUUGCCCCAUAUGGCGUGGCAGAUCAGCGACGCUCUGGUGUAUCUAUCAUCUCUAAAAUUGAUCCAUCGGGAUAUAGCAGCUCGUAAUGUGUUGUUGACGGGGAACAAAUUCGCUAAGCUCGGCGAUUUCGGGCUUUGCCGUCUUAGCAAUGAUCAAUUUUACCUGGCUCGUGGUGGUCGUUUGCCCGUAAAGUGGACUGCCCCGGAGGCAUUAGAACGCAAUGAAUUCUCGGUACAUUCGGAUGUGUGGAGCUUCGGAGUGUUGCUGUUUGAGAUCUAUUCGCUGGGACAGCAGCCUUAUGCGACGAUACAGCCUGAUCAAGUGUUGAAGUUUUUGAGGGAUGGUCGAAGGUUGGAGAGGCCGGAAUUAGUCGGAGAUAAAAUCUGGAAACUGAUGUGCAACUGCUGGGAAUUAGACCCAACUAAGCGUCCCACCCCACAACAACUACACCGCACACUAUAUCGUGAAAUCGAACGUUCUAUCGAUUCCUAUGGAUACCUCGAUUUUGGCCAUAACUAUCAUACACUUGAGGAAAUUAAUAAAGGCUUA